AUGCACCCUGCCACUUCCAUCUACCGCACUCCGCUUGACGCCAUCGAUCUCUUCGUCCUACUAGAUCUAUUGGGCUCUGCAAACCCUACUGUUCCCUCCUUCUUCCGUACCACUCACUGGGCCUACUCGAAUAUGGCAAACGCCGAAGCAAGACUGCGUUCCUUGAAACAACUGCAAACCACACCCGCCAGUCCCUUUCUUCGAGAAGCAAACAAGAAAGAGUCCGACAGGUGGCUUGGCGGCGCCAUCGAGGAUGACCAUAUACCUUUCCAAGCCAGAGGCGUCGACAUUCUCCACAUGAUCCCUGCACCUUUCCCAGCCGUCUGGCAUACAAUGGCUGACGAUGGAGAACAUCUCGAUAUACCCACCGUCAAAGACUGGGCCAAGAUCGUCACGGCCUUUGCCGCCGAGUGGAUGGAAUUAGAUGGCUAUCUGCUUCCUCCCAAGAAGAGAAGUCCACUGCCGGAAGCGGACAGGAUUGACAGGACCGAGUUGUGA